GGGUCUCUCCUCGAAGGAGGGGGGUCUCUCUCUCUCUCUCUCUCUCUCCUGUCUUUGCAAAAGAGGCGGCGUCUGCGUCCUUUGGCGGGGCCACCCAGUCUGGCUUGGGUAGGGGGUCUCUUCUUUGCCCCCCCGCCAGAGAGGGAGGAGGAGGAGGAGAGAAAGAGGAAGGCUGGGGGGGCGCCCCCUUUCCCUUUGGCUGGCGGCGGAGGGGCCAUUGCCAAGCGCAGCGUCUCCCUUUUCUUCUUCUUCUUCUUCUUUGAAAUAAAUAAAAGGCCGGGCGAUUCAAAGAGCGCCGUCGGGGGAAUCGGGGGAUCGAGAGAGAAACCAGAUCCCGAGCAAAUAAGCCCCCCCAAAGCCAUGCUGAUCCAAGGGACCCUUUUUGGCGCAGCCUUCCGGCCCGGAGCGAUCCCCAAGCAAUGAGAGACGAUGGCUAAGCGGACCGAGAGCGGAGAGAUUGCAGAGAAAGGGACCGCAGGAGAGAGUAAGCAGGCAUAAAGUGGGGAGUACAUAUGCAAAAGGAAUGCGUUACUGCCAGGGAAUUCUGGGAGUUGAAGUCCACCCAUCUUAAAAGUUUCCAAAUUUGGAGACCCCCCUGCCUUAAAGCUUUUCAGCCAGGCGAGAGGCCAGGCAGCCUCCCGGGGACAGCAGCCUCCCCCUGCCAGGGGCCGUAGCUUGUGUUAACUGCAGUUGGGUAGGAUCUGGCGGAGGCCGGGCAGAUCUCCCGGCCCGAACCCGGCGGCCGGUGCUUGUCCCUGCCGGCAACAGAAGGGACGUUUCGGAGUCACAGCAACACCCUUCUCGCCAGGUUUCAAGACAGCCCAAUGGCGGAGCCGCGCUUUAACAACACCUACUUUUGGCCACCGCCUCCCACCAUGCCCAGCCAGCUGGACAAUCUAGUCCUCAUCAACAAAAUCAAGGAGCAGCUCAUGGCGGAGAAGAUCCGCCCCCACCACCUGCCCCCUACCUCGGUCUCUUCCCAGCAGCCCCUGCUGGUGCCCCCCUCGCCCGCGGAGAGCAGCCCUUCCAUCAUGUCCAUUCCGAAGCUCCAGCAAGUCCCGGGGCUUCACCCACAGGCGGUACCCCAGCCGGACGUGGCCCUCCACGCGCGCCCUGCCACCAGCACCGUCACAGGUUUGGGGCUGGGGUCCCGGACUCCUGCCGUCAGCACUUCUGAAUCCAGUACGGGGACGGGGACCAGCACCGCCUCCACGCCCACCUCCUCCAGUCAGAGCCACCUCAUCGCCUCCUCGCCCACCCUCAUUUCAGGGAUCACUAGCCCCCCGCUGUUGGACUCCAUCAAGACAAUCCAGGGCCACAGCCUGCUGGGGGCCCCCAAGAGCGAACGAGGCCGCAAGAAGAUCAAGGCUGAGAAUCCGUCGGGACCUCCCGUCCUCGUGGUCCCGUACCCCAUUUUAGCUUCGGGAGAUAUCGGCAAAGAAGGAAAGACAUACAGAUGUAAAGUCUGCCCGCUUACCUUCUUCACCAAGUCAGAGAUGCAGAUCCACUCCAAGUCGCACACCGAGGCCAAGCCGCACAAGUGCCCGCAUUGCUCCAAGUCCUUUGCCAAUGCCUCUUACCUGGCGCAGCACCUGCGCAUCCACCUGGGUGUCAAGCCCUACCACUGUUCCUACUGCGAGAAGUCCUUCCGCCAGCUCUCCCACCUCCAGCAGCACACCAGAAUUCAUACCGGAGACAGACCAUACAAGUGCCCGCAUGCCGGUUGUGAAAAGGCUUUCACGCAGCUCUCUAACCUCCAGUCGCACCAACGGCAGCAUAACAAAGACAAACCCUACAAAUGUCCAAAUUGCUACCGGGCGUACUCGGAUUCGGCUUCGCUCCAGAUCCAUCUCUCGGCGCAUGCGAUCAAGCACGCCAAAGCCUACUGCUGCAGCAUGUGCGGACGAGCAUACACUUCGGAGACGUAUCUGAUGAAGCACAUGUCGAAACAUACGGUGGUGGAGCACCUGGUGAGCCAGCACUCACCUCAGAGGACAGAGUCCCCCGGCAUUCCCGUUCGGAUAUCCCUCAUCUGAGACACAGAGGGGCAGCGGCCCUCCCCUUGCGCGACGGACCUUCGUGAAUACCCAAAAGGAGGAAGGGAGCAAGAUGGAGAUCUCCGGAUGAUGCAAGAUGGCCGCCGUGCUCUCCCUGUGCUGUUUCCUCAGAUUUCUCGACAGUCUACAGCACUGUGCUCAGGAGGACCAAGGGACCCCUCCCCUCCCCCCUGUCCCCCACCCCUCAUUCACCCCGAGCAACCUCGGACCUUGACGAUGUUUGUGGAGGGGACGCGUCCUCACGACGUUGGGGACAACCAAAGACAAUCCCACAGCACUUUCACCCUCCCUUCCUCGCUUCUCCGGGAGCACCGCUGUCUGGGAUCGCGGUGUUCUGUUUUUUUCCUGCAUUCCCUCCCUUUUCUCAAUUCAAAUCAUUUCCUCCCUCUCUCCUCCCCCCCUAAAAAAAAACAUUGGUGCAGAUUUGAGAGAUGUCUUAGAUACGGAGCACAUAAUCCCUCCACCCGGAAGCUCUUGUGGGUCUUCUUGGACAAAGGACGGCGCCGCACAGUAUUUUGGUGCUAAAUUGGAAGGAGACCCGACACCCCAGAAGCAUCGAGAGAAGAGAGGCACAGUCUGGGCGGACGCAACAAUGCCACACGCCAAAUGUUGUAAGCCUGUACCCACUCACUUUCUGCCGCAACGUCAGGGAGGAUCCUGGGGCCCGUCUUACGUGAAGAAUGGAGCCAACCUUUGGUCUUUUUCGAGAGGGGGAGGAAAGCUUGCAAAACUCAGUGGGGAGAUCCUGCACGCAUUGGGGCAGGGAGGGAUGCGGGAACCAGAGCACUUGUAGCCGUAUGUCAGGAAUGUCCGCAGCAUUAAACAAGGGUUUGGCACCCUGGUGGUCUGUUGGGACGAGACAAACCAUUGGACGAGAUCUGUCACGUAGAGAAGACAAGUUGGCACCUGUCCUGGCAGCAAAAGUGGGCGCAGAUCUAUGGGACACGCACUUGCGGGGGGGUGUUGCUUCCAGGAGCACGGCUUUUAGCCAUGUCUGAGCUACAACUAGGUGGUUGGGAUGUCCUAUUCCCACGGAGUCGGAAAGCCAUUACAUUUGGUCGAUGGGCACACAACUUGGCCGAGUGAGUCUUUCGAGGGGGAGGACAGCGGGAUCCCUCACUUUGCCAUUUCUUCCCCCCCCCCCCAAUCAUCAAAUCUGCCCCUCCCAUUUUGUGGUCGCCCCGAUUCUCCAUCUCUAGUUGACCCAAAGACGCACCAACAGACGUUCCUACGCCUCUUGGCUGGUGUGUGAAUGGCAGAAGAUGACCCAUCCAUGGUGAGAAGGAGCAACUUGCAGGGAACUCAUUUUAUCUUACGGGACGGGACAUGGGGGGGGGGGUCAUCCAGGAGCCUUAGAAAAGUGGUCUUCCCCAGGCAAAGGAUGAUUUUAUGCAGCUUUUCAAUCUCAGGCCUACCGCUAGUCUUGCUUACAACUGGAACACUAAGCCUGCGCACAUUGCAGUGGUUCAGUUGUAACAGUCGCGAAAUGGGUACCUCACACGACUGGCCCAAUUUUACAACCUUUUUCGCGGCAGUCGUAGAAAACGAACCCCGAACUCAUUAAGUGUACGCCACAGUUGUUAUAGCAAACCCAUUGUUCACUCUUAACAGUGACCAGUCAUAAGUCAGGGAGUACCUAUAUAGUUGGAAGGGGUCUCCCCGACCCCCAGGCUUCAUCACCCCCACUGCAGUCAAGGCCUUCCUUUCUUCCACGUGCAAUUGGGCUCUGGCACAACCACAUUAGUUUGCAAGAGGCAUUGCCAAAGAUCUUGGCAUCGGACGAGGCAGGACUUCAGUUCACCAACCAUUCCCAACCAUGCCAGCAAUCCAAAACCCAUCCAAAGUCUCAAGGGCAAUUAUUUCUCAACUUCAGCCACUUUGAAGACAUGUGGACUUCAACUCCCAGAAUUCCCUGGUUAGCCCUGUCCUUUUUUUUCCUCCCCCUCCCACCUCCGAGAGCAGAGAGAUUGAAGAGGAAAGGAUUAUAAGAGAGUAAGCAGGCCACAAAAUACAGGGAAAAUAAUGCAU